GGAGUGUGUGUGUAGAGGACUGAGGACUGCAGGUUUUUCCCUCUCAGGUGAACACAAUCAAGGAAGAGACAGACGAAAAUGACAGUCAACAACAAUCGAGUUUCCCAGGUGCCUCUAAAAGGAGGAAGAAGAGGAGGAAGAAGCUCGUGGUUCCCAUUCCUGUUGAUACUUGCAGGUUCUCUAGUGUCCACUGCUGGGUCAGAACAUGAGGACAAGACAAAAGUGUCARUACCCUCUGACCUGAGGAUAGUUCUGGUGGGGAAGACUGGAGCAGGYAAGAGUGCAACAGGAAACACCAUCCUGGGAGAAAAUGUGUUUAAUGCAGAGUCCUCCACAAAGUCUGUGACCAAACACUGUACGAAAGGUGAAAGGAAUGUUGCAGGAACAAACGUAACAGUAAUUGACACCCCAGGCCUCUUUGAUACAACACUGUCUGCACAGGAGAUGAAGAGUGAAAUGGAUGAGUGUAUUAAGAUGUCAGUCCCAGGACCCCAUGUGUUCCUGCUGGUGAUCAGACUGGGGAGGUUCACAGAGGAGGAGAGGAACACUGUGAAGUGGAUCCAGGACAACUUUGGAGCAGACGCUUCACCCUUCACAAUCUUACUGUUCACUCGGCCGGAUCAGCUGGAGGGCAAAUCAGUGAUGACAUUCCUGACAGAGAGUGAUGAGCUUCAGAAAGUCAUCAAUGUCUGUGAGAACAGGUUUCAUGUCUUUAACAAUAGAGAGAGGGAGGACCGUACUCAGGUCACAGAGCUGCUGCAGAAGAUAGGGAAGAUGGUGGAGAAGAAUGGAGGACACUACACCAGUGAGAUAUAUGAAAAGACUCAGAAUAAGAUAAAAUAGGAGGAGAGAAAGAGACAGGAGGAGGAGAGGAAGAAACAGGA